CGAUGAACGGUUUAUUCUGCAGAAUCGGCUGUUUUCGAAUGCGCAUUUUUAUUUAUCACGAAUUUUUUUUUUUAAAUUUUUAUUCUCAGAAAAUUCUGACAAACAAUUUACAAUGACAGCUACAAAUGAUUUUAGUUUUCAAGUUGAAUUUGCCGUUCUAAUGAAAUGUGAUGCAUGUCGAAUUAAAAUUAUUGAAGAAUUAAAGAAUUUACCUUCGGUUCAUAUCGAUGAAAUUAAUGUAGCUAAUCAACGUUUAGUGUUACGUUUGAAUGAAUCGAGUCCAAGUGCAUUUGAAAUACAAAAUCUAUUGGAAAAUAAAUUACAAUUGAAUACAAUUAUUCGUGGUACGGGUAAUUUUAUAGCUGCAGUUGGUGAAUUACGAGGAUCUGAUCAUUAUCCCGGUGUUUUUGGUGUUGCUCGUUUUAUUCAAAAUGAACAAAAACAAUGUCUUUUUGAUGCGGUUAUCGAUGGAUUCACUGAUUCAUCAUCAUACAAUGUUGGUAUACAUGAAUAUGGUGAUUUAAGUGAUUCUGAUCUAAAAUCAAUCGGUUCCGAAAUUUUCAACAUUGCUACAAAUAUUCAAUCGAUCGAUGGUAAAUUGUCGGUAAAGAAAAAAAUUGACAAUUUAGAUAUAUCAGCAAAAAUUGGUCAAAGUUUAGCUGUAAGAAAAAAUGAUAAUGGUGAUAUUAUUGCUGCAAGUGUUAUUGCACGUGCUUCAAAAAUAUUGAAUAAUACUAAAAAAGUUUGUGCUUGUAGCGGAAAAACAUUGUGGGAAGAACGAGAAACAAUCGAUCAAAAACUUUUUUAAGACAAAAUACUUUAUUUGAAAACAAUUCAUUCGAACAACUUUUUUUUCUAAAAAUUGUUUUGUUUUAUUCAAGAAUAUAUUG